UCUUUGAGUAAGGCAAUUACUUGUUGGACAAUGAACAACUGUGUUCUGCUUGAAGAAGAACUUAUCAAAAAGUCCCAGCAAAAACGAAGGACCUCUCCCUCCAACUUUAAAGUUCGAGUCUUUGUUUUAACAAAAUCAAGGCUGACGUAUUUUGAACAUCGUCCUGGGAAAAAAAGAAUUUUAAAAGGCUCAAUUGAACUGUCCAAGAUUAAAUGCGUAGAAACUGUGAAAAGUGAUAUUACCAUUCCAUGUCACUACAAAUAUCCUUUCCAGAUUUUUCAUGACAGCUACCUCCUGUAUGUGUUUGCUCCCAACCAAGCAAGCUGUCAAAAAUGGGUACUGACUCUGAAAGAAGAAAUCAGAAACAAUAACAUUCUGGUGACAAGAUUUCACCCCAAUUUCUGGAUAGAUGGAAGAUGGAGAUGCUGUGCUCAGUCAGAAAAGCUCGUGACAGGCUGUGUGGAGUAUGUUCCAGCCAAGACUGUCUCCAAGAAACCUCUUCCUCCAACUCCAGAUGAUAACUGGAAAUUAUUUCUGGACUCCAAAGAAUCUCCAGUAAUUGCCAUUUAUGAUUACACUGCCCAGAAUUCACAGGAGUUGACGUUAAGAUGCAAUGAAGAAUAUUAUAUCAUAGAUAAUUCUGAAGUCCACUGGUGGCUGGUUCAAGAUAAGAAUGGUCAUGAAGGAUAUGUGCCAAGCAGCUAUGUGGUAGAAAAAUCAUCAGAAAAUCUGCAAAUAUAUGAGUGGUACAAUAAGAGUAUCAGCAGAAACAAAGCAGAAACAUUGCUCAAAGAAGAGGACAAAGAAGGCGCCUUCAUGGUAAGAGAUUCACGGCAGCCUGGCACAUAUACCGUCUCUGUUUUCACAAAAGCUUUGAGCAAUGACAAUAGCCCAGUUAUAAAGCAUUAUCACAUCAAGGAGACAAGUGACAAUCCCAAGAGAUACUACCUAGCAGAGAAGCAUGUUUUUAACUGUAUCCCAGAACUGAUCAAUUAUCACCAGUACAAUGCAGCAGGUCUUGUUACUCGUUUGCGGUAUGCUGUUUCCUGCUGGAGAGCAAAGGCUCCUGCUACUGCUGGGCUAAGCUAUGGAAAAUGGAUGAUUAGCCCUCAAGAACUAACCUUUGAGCAAGAAAUUGGUGUUGGCCAAUUUGGAGUGGUGCAUCUUGGCUAUUGGCUUGAUCAGAUAAAAGUGGCCAUAAAGACUAUUCGCACAGGAGCAAUGUCAGAAGAAGACUUUCUUGAGGAGGCCCAAGUCAUGAUGAAACUGUCUCACCCCAAAUUAGUCCAGCUGCAUGGGGUCUGCAUGCAACAAGCUCCCAUGUGCCUAGUGUUUGAGUUCAUGGAGAAUGGAUGCCUGUCUGAUUUCCUCAAGAGGCAGCGGGGGAGCUUCUCAAAGGAAGACCUCCUGGGAAUGUGCCAAGAUGUGUGUGAAGGGAUGGCUUAUCUGGAACAGGCGUCUGUCAUCCACAGGGACCUGGCUGCUAGGAAUUGUUUGGUAGGAGAAUUCCAAGUUGUCAAAGUGUCAGAUUUUGGAAUGUCACGGUAUGUUCUUGAUGACCAAUAUACCAGCUCCAUGGGUACCAAAUUCCCCAUCAGGUGGUCAGCACCAGAGGUGUUUUCCUAUAGCCGGUAUAGCACCAAAUCUGAUGUGUGGUCAUUUGGUGUAUUGAUGUGGGAGAUAUUCAGUGAAGGCAAAAUACCUUAUGAGAACAAGACCAAUGCUGAAGUGGUAGAAGACAUCAGUGCUGGUGCUCGUUUGUAUAAACCCAGACUGUCUUCCAAUACUAUUUACAAGCUCAUGAGAAGUUGCUGGAGUGAGAAGCAAGAGGACAGACCACCCUUCUCGGUCCUGCUGUAUCAGCUCAAUGAAAUCUCAGAAUCUGACCUUUAAAGGAGUUUGAGAAGGUAUGGAAGACAUGAUCUUUCUCAUACAAGUCUUGAGCAGGUGGAUCUCCUAUCUGAAUUUUGUAGCGGUAGCCAAUUAGGAUGGGAUCCUGGCUGUUUUUGUAAGAUGUGCAAGCCGAGAAGAUGCAAGAUGCAGUCAACAUUGUGUUUUAUAAUCUGACAAACUCUUCCUUGAGAUUUCAGAAGCCCAUCUUUCCUUUCACAAGGUGAUGGCGACAGGAACAACAACAGCACUUAGGAUAAAGCAGCUGCAACUGCUUUGCAGAGCUGGGACCUUCUGCUUCUUUAAGAAGGUCCAAUAAUCAUGGAAACUAAAAUGUGACUCUGACUGAUCAAACUUAGUUGAAACUGAAUUCAGUUACUCAGCUAUUUGUAAACAACUGUUUUGAUAGCAAAUUUGAAACAUAGUCGGCCCUUCUUAUGCACG